AUGCACGCCUGCGUCGCUGCGAUCGCCAUGGGAGAAGUUGGCGUUUACGAUGAUCAGCGGAGCAGUGGACAAGAAAUCAGUCUAGCGGCGGCGGCAGCAGCAGGCGUACAGUACGCGCGCAGCUCCAGGACGGCGUUUAGCUGCACUUCGAAGUCGGCCCGACAAGGCGGCGGUGGUGCGGUACCGAUCGAAAACCUUCUCCCUCCCCUCAUAGAGCAGCCGGAAAAGUCGCUGAGAGCUGCACGCGGAGAUACCGGGGCUGCCAUCACGGAGGACGAGCGCGCUGCCAUCGCAAUGGAGACGUGGGAGCAUUACAUGGCCACGGCCCGAGAAGCCACAUCGGCGGAGGGUGCGUCGAUGAUGCCGAGCGCCACGGCCGCCGCGACCAUGAUGUCCAGUGCCUCUUGCGCGAACGCCGCGCAUUCCUGCACUUCAGCCGUCGCCGCUGAAGCACCGCUAGUGCCGAUUCGUUCAUUUCCCGACGCGCUUUGUGCCCUAAUCGAGCGCUGCACCGCUACACCGCUUGUGUGUCUCACUCUAAGUGACCAGCAGUGUCAGACGACCGCCGUGAGGGACCUGCUGCGCGCGCUGCUGACGAUCAUGCAGCGUAUCGAAGACAGCGCGGUUGCUGCCAUCGACUGCGAGAUCGCCCUCGCCUCCCACAGCUCCUCAUCCGGUCACCACACACCAGUCGCCGCGACGGCGGCACUUGACCUUCAGGCGGUGCGUCUGGCCGCUGUGAAGGGCAUCUCACGGGUGCUGACCACCUACCUGGACGGCGCUGACGGCAGCGCGCAACCACCGACAAAAGCGUCGGAAACGUUCACGGCGGGACUUGGCCACCUGGAUAUCUUAUCUGUCUUUGAGGAUGUUGUGCACCAGUGGGCACACGUGCUCACAGUGCUUGAAAGGGGGAAGGAGCUCAUCGGUGCCUCGGCAGGGGUCGGAAAGGGUUCGGAUGUCAAGGCAGAGGACGAUCUCUCUGGUGUACCAGAGUCUCCCCAAGGACAUCGCAGCGGCAAAGAUGGAACUGGCGCUGCUGCGCAGCUUCAUUGGGUGCUACGCAUCGCCUAUCAAAUCAUCGCCGCUGAGCAGCGGGAGGCAAGCCGCGGUAGCGCAGAGGCCGCGCCUCGUGUGCGACUGCUCCCCCCGCUGCUCGUCCCCGUGGCACUUCGUACGUUGUCGCUCAUCACCACAGUCAUUCCUCUUGUCUGCCGCCCUGCGUCAUAUGUGCAGCUGUGUGUGGAUGUGCUGUGGGGCGCAUCGCUUCUGACGCCAAGCGAAUCGUCACGCCAGCUCAUGUACGGCUCAAUGGGCGUCGCUGGCCUCGCCGGCGCCUCGAACGGCAGCUGCGAAGGUGAGGCGGACGUCAGCAGGGGAGCAGAGGCGAGCCCCCCAGCCAUGGAUCUCUUCCUUGCCCUUCUCCACCAGUUCAACGAGGGCCACAGUGCUGCGCACUGUGAGCUGCGCGACGAUCUCGUGUGUCUCUUCGCGUUCCUCCUCCGCUGCGACAUACAAUACGUGGAAGACGAGCUCGUCGCACAUCGUGUCGCGCAGAAUGGAGCCCCACUAACGUCUUCGGAGUCACUCAGCUGUCUCUCCGCCUCCCCGCCUUCGCUCGAAGCUCACGCCACGCCGCUCAAUCUCAGCGUCGCCACUGUGGAGGCGAUCAACGCUGUGGCGGCGCUGCUGUUCGAGACAACGUGCGGGGCCGAACUCACAACGACGGUGUACUCGGCCACAGCCACAGCCCCAGCGGCGUUUCAGUCCACCGACGUCGAUCGAGGCGAAUCUGCUCCGGUGACGCUGCUUUCCCUCGACGCCGCGUGUCGGCACGCGCUGCGCUUCCAAUCCAUCGCCAGCUCUGUGGCACGUCGUCGUGAGUUGCUCGACUUCAAGAUCUACGGCUGGCAGCUGCUCGAUGCUCACUACUGCUGGCAGCUUGCACACCUCACCUAUCGCGAGUACGUUCACUACCACGCCACCACCGGCCCCGUCAAGCAGGUCACAGGGACCGACGGCGGCGACAGAGCCGUCACGGCGGCCCUCUGGGGAAUCCAACUCUCGCGCCUGGGCUUCCUGGAUGUUCUGCUUUUGUACGUCGACACGCGCACCGACGAGGCGGCCGUGGUGGCGUGGACACAAGAGGAGCUUCUGAAGCUGGAGGUGGAGGCCUGGCAGCUUCUCACAUCCAUGAUCCUCUUCACGCAGCACCUAGGCGCGAAAUUGGAUGGGCUGCAGGUGCGCUGCCACAGCCCGUGCAGCGAGAAGCCGUCCGCGGCACAGUAUCAGCAGCAAGGAGAGGAUAGUCCACUGCUGAGCGUGUCGGUGGAAGCUGUCGACAAGCACCACUUCGGCGAAGAAGCCGAGUACCGUGACAGUGACAUGGACAGCACAGACAACAAGCCAGGCAUGCGGUACGGGGCCGACGUGCACUUCAUUGCUGCCGGUGGUGUCGAGGUGGCGCUCCACUACUUGCGCACCGCGCCACCCGAGGCGGAGGCUGUGAAGCGGUGUGCCCUCGUCACCGUUGCUGCCAUCGCGCGGGCGAGCAGAAGCAGCGAGGCGCACGGACGCUCAGUCAGCUACACGGAUGAGGAAGUCGCUCUCGUGCAGACGGCCCUGACGCAGCACGCUCCGUCGCUCGUCCCGUUCCUAGUGCAGCUCAUCCAGGAGAUCGACUUGUACGUCGACGCCUCCGGUGUCCCAGCAGCGUUGCCGCCUCUCAUCUCCUCCGUCACCGCGUCGGUGGCUGCGACGUCUCCGCAGCGCGUGUGGGGGCACCGUGCCGCUCGAGAGGACAGCGGCAUUGAGUUGACGGCGGCAAUGCCGACCCAGCGUGGGGUACGCUGGAAUUGGUUGCCACAAUCAGCCGCCCACGCGGCUUUUGUCGCUUGGGGCCUGCUGCGGUGCAUCGGGGAUGUCCCGCUGGCAGAGGUGGGUACGGUGCGAGAGCUGGCUCUACCGAUGAUGAGCGCGAAUGGUAUCGAAGAGGACGACCACGACGACGAGGCCAAAGCGACAAAAACGCGCCAGUCGCACUCCAACGUGAGCGUAGCCACAGCCGAGAUCACUGCCGGCGCGAGCAGGCGUAAAAGCGUCGGGCGCGACAGAGCCCCGCUUCAGAGUUUCGAGUCAGCGGACUGUCAGCCGCACGAGGAGGUGGAUUUAUCCUUUUCGAACAUGUCGUUCUCUGGAUCCUCAAUGGGUCCACUGGAGGUGGAUGAUGACGACGCCGCCGUGAGUGACCACCGUCGCCCGGCUGCAUCGUCGAGGGCGGCAGGUGAUGGUGAGUCGGCAGCGCGCUCGAUCAACUGUGUCUCAGCCCCGUCGCAUACGCGCGUGCUCCUGAGAAGCGUGCACUCGCAGGUUUUGCGCAUUCCCGAUCUUUUUGCGGAACACGGCGGAGUGCAUCUGCUCACGUCGUGGAUGCGACAUGUCAUGCGCCUGUGUUUGUCUGCGCGUCCGGAGCAGCAGCAGCUGCUGCAGCGCCGCAGCAGCGAAGGAGCCUCGCCACAACUCACAACGGAGGAGAUGGCGAACCUGGAGCACUAUGGCGACGUAUUUCUGCUCUUACUGGACGUUCUCCGCGCCAUUGUGAUGGGCUGCAAAGCAAGCGAGAUGCAGUUCGUCGAAUCCGGCGGGGUGCGCGGAAUGCUGGACCUCAUGGAGGCCUACGCGCUGGCGCACGGCCUCAUUGACCAAGCCGCCCGGCACGUGCGCCUGACGGCGGGGGAGAGCUGCGGCAGCGCUGCCGCCGGCACGGAAGACUAUAAGGAGCAGGAGGGUGUGCUGACGUACGCUGCAACACUGCUGUCGGACCUUCUGGAAAGCUGCCCUCGUGCCAUCGAUGCUUUCGCCACGUGGCGCAGCUGCCGCAUUGCCUUCUCACCGCUCACGCCGGACGUGCGCGAGUGUCGGAUGCCCAGCGACGACGGAAUUGAGGCGGUGCAGCUGCUGCUGUGUCUCUGGGCAUCAGAGAUGCCAGCACGAAAGGGCGGCGGUGCGGCCCAAGCGACCCCUUCUGGUUUAAGGCUCCUCCGUCUGCACCUGCGACCAGCUCUACGCACAGCGUUGAGGGAGGAGUACGUGUGCCGCCUCUUGCACCGACGCGCCAAGCUGGGGGUACUGGAGGCGGAAGCCGUUCGCAACUAUUACCACUACCUGCACUCGGAAGCUGUGCCAGCCACAACGUCGCAAACGCCGGAGGAGGGAGUACCUGACUCCGUCGUGCUCGCGUACAUGGAAAAGCUCAUGUCCCUCAGCAGCAGGCGCCCCGCCGUGGAGCCGGAGCAGCAAAUCGCACUUCUCAUCUACGGCGCUCUGGGGCUGUGCAUGAAAGUGUACGGAUGCCUGUCUACCGUCGGGUUCGACUUGCUUCGCACCGCAGAGACAGAGGCACUUGGAGUGCCGUCGAUUGGGGCGCGCCUCUCCUCGCUGGAGCGAUCGUUACUGGUUCAGAUUGCCGCGCUGCCGGCGUUGUGCGUGGACGAAAUCAGCUUGGCCAUGGCCGAGGUCGCUCUCGAGUACGACUCGCUUCCGGCCGGAGCGGACUCCGAGAGUAGUGACGCCAGUUGCCGUGCUAGCGACGACGCGGCGACGUGGCGGCCCACGUCGCCGGACCGGCGAUUGCUGUGCGCUGCGGCGCAAGAAGCCGCUGUUCGUGCUGGGGAGCUCAAUCAGCUUAUUGAGGUUGGGGAGCAGGUACAGCAGGCGCGAGAGUCGCAGCUGUACAGCCGCUUCCUUGUUACACAGCUGCGGCAGCCGGUGGGGCGGCUGGCGGACGGUCGGCCAGGCGCCGUCAAAGGUUCGUGGAAAACGCAGCGGUGCCUCUCCACCACCCGUGAAAGCUUUUUGGCUCGCCACCGCAGCGCGUGCGCGCUCUCUGCAGCAGAGCUGGCCGCGCGCCUCUCGACUCGCCUGGCAGCCGAACAGCUGCAGCGACAGCAGUGCAACGGCACACAAACCGGUGCUUCGGUGGGUGAGGAGCAAAGCUGGGCGGGUCCGCCCAGUACAGCCCCAUCGGUGCUGGGCAGAAGCCGCACUCCGUACGCCGCACUCAUGGACUCUGUCAACGCCGCCACCCACGAGCGGCUUUCCGCCACUUUGUUCAGCAUUGUGGGGCCACCGCAGCGUCCCUCUGUGCCCUUGACGCAGCGGCACCAACAGCGGCAAGCAAUGAUCGCGCGAAGCCUGCGUAAGCUGCCGUUGGAUCAGUCCACACCGAAGGGUCCUCACAAACCGUAG